GGUACGCCGUACUUUUUCCAUGGGAAAUUUGCUGAUGUCUUGCUUACACUCCGUCUGGUCAUAGGUUUCCAUCCUUCUCAAAAACGAAGUCUACAAGAUACCAGCAACAAAGACCACCAUCGAAAGAUAUUUCUCCUGGACGCGUUCAGAUAGCUAUUCUGUCUACAAUGGCUUCGUCAGAAGAGGAUGAUCUCAUGGAGAAUGUCGGCGACGAAGAUCUAUUUGGUGGGGAUGAGGAUGAUGCCCAAGUAGAGAAGACUCGAGAGCUCAGCGACAGGGAGCUGGACUCGGGAGACGACGAGGAUCGCAAUGAUCGUGCGCCUCAAGAGGAAGAGGUUGACUAUGAGAGCGGAAGAGAUGCUCGGGUGAUGGAAUCUACGAUAUGGCGGCAUCCAUUGCCAAAGCCAGUAGAUGGGGAGUUCAGUUAUCUUCGACUUCCAAAAUUCCUGGGUAUUGAACCUCGCGCCUAUGAAGCAGACACAUUCAGAGUCCCAGAGACUGACCACCACUCUGAUACUCGGUCUGCUACGUUCUCUGCCAGCGCCGUCUCUGCCUCUACAAUGCGCUAUCGCAAGAAUUCAACGACCGGCAAGCUCGAGAGCAACACGAAUAUCUACAGAUGGAGUGACGGAAGCACCACGAUUUCUGUGGGAGACCAGCACUAUGAAUUGCAGACAAAGCCUCUGGCUCCUCCGAAGGACACAAAGUCGUACUCAGAAACCCAAGACUCUCACUUCUACCUUGCAACGCCUUCUAUCGCUUCUCAACUACUUCUCCUGGUUGGACAUAUGUCUAAUCAACAUACUGUAAGACCCAACGAAGCUGUUGAAGAUGAUGCACUCGACAAAUUACAGAAGAGUCUGGCUGCAGCUGCGAGACGAGGUAACAAGAAUGAGAAGGGUCCGGAAUUGAUUGCCAGCACACAAGAUCCCGAGCUUCAGAAGAAGCGGGCUGAGCUUGCUGAAAAGGAACGAAUGAGAGCUCAACGUCGUCGGGAAACUGCAGCAGAGAAGGCUAGUCAAUCACACAGACCUGGAGGCGGCCGUAGUGGUGGUCUAUCUCUUGAUGACUUAGAGGGACGUGGUCGUAGAGCACCGACUUCAGGUCGCAAGCCACCAAAGCCUCGAAAGCGUCGCCCAGAAUACGAUUCUGAUGAUGAUCUCCCUAAGGGCAGGAGUAGAGAGGAUGAGUAUGACAUGGAAGAUGAUUUCUUGGCACCUAGCGACGAUGAGGAGGCUCCAGAAGGAGAUGACGACGAAGAUGAGGAAGAGAUACUGGAUGAUGAGAGUGAUCGUGAAGAGCCGAAGGCAAAGAAGCAGAAGGUUUCUCGACAAGAGGAAGUUAGUGAUGCGGAUGCAGAUGCUGAAGCAGAUCUGGACGACGAUGAAGUUCCAGCUGCUCCAGUGGUCACCGAAGCAGCCGGUAGAGGCAGGAAACGUAACAUCAUUGAGGACGAUGACGAUGAGUAAGAUCGAUUGGUAGCGUGGACAUAAUCUCGAAUUGAGACAUUUGGUCCGAUCUCAUUGAGCCUACCCAAAGAGAUACCCACAGCGGCAGGGACGUUCUACUUUACAUUUCGAGUUUGUAGGAUUAGCAUCAAGGGCAUGGAAAAGUUAAGCAGCAUCCAUGAGGCGGGAAGCUGCUCUAGACAUUAAUGAAAUCAUCAAAACCA